AUGGGAAUACUUAAUCUUAUUUUUGUUUCUCUAAUGCUUUGUUUAGGAACUGCUGGAGAUAAGUUCACUUAUCAUAAUGGCCAAAAAUUCUCUACAAAAGAUCAGGAUAACGACAGAUCUACAGUUAACUGUGCCGCAGUAAAUCCAAUAAGAGGAGCCUGGUGGUACGGUGACUGUAAACUGAGCAACCUAAAUGGUGUCUAUCGGAACGGAGCGGACAAUGGUACUAUGGUAUGGGGAACCGCUGGAAAUUCUCUGGCUGAUCAUGAUGGCCAUAAAUUCACUACAAAAGAUCAGGAUAACGACGUAGCCUAUGUAAACUGUGCUACAGUCGAUGUAAUAAGAGGAGCCUGGUGGUUCUAUGAGUGUAGAAAGAGCAACCUGAAUGGUGUCUAUGCGAUCGGAGGGGAUGGUGGAACCAUGAAAUGGGGUGGCAUUCGCUCCAUUAAGAGCGCUGAAAUGAAGAUCAGGCCGGUGGAUUUUUAG